AUGACGUUCUUCAUCAGAAGAUUAAUUCAUGUUAUAGGAAAAAGAAUGCCUCCCCCGGACAGAUGGGAAGUCUACCGCCCUAUGGGUUCAGUUAUACCUGGAACCAAAUUUGUGGCUUUCAAAGUUCCUCUCAAAGAGGAGUUGCUAAAGGAGGUUAAGGAGAAAGACAAAUUCUCUCCAGCAAUUCUGAUGAAGCUUCUUGGUGACCAAGGUCUGAAAUUGGGAGGGAUCAUCGACCUCACUUUUACCUACAAGUACUACGACAGCGAAGAGUUUCUGAAGAAUGCUGUAGAAUACAAGAAAAUCUUCACACCUGGACAUGAUGUACCCAGUGAGAGUGUCUUCCAGCAGUUUGCCCAUGCUGUGAAAAAAUUUGAUGCUGGUGAUAAUGAUCACAUAAUUGGAGUUCAUUGUACACAUGGUGUAAACCGCACCGGCUAUCUAAUAUGCAGGUAUAUGAUAGAGGAAAUGAACUUUGAGCCGGAUGUUGCAAUAUCUU